AUGGACUCCUCAGACCCCGUCAUCGCAUCCUACGACGUCUAUCUCACAGACUCCGAAAUCUCUCGUUACGUCCUCCAAUAUCUCGACCGACUACCAGACUACCCCUAUGACGACCGCCACGGCCAAAAGCCCACCAGUUUCCGCCUAAAACCGAAAACCGGGCUUGUCGAAGUCGACGUCCCGAUCAACACCCGCAUGAACUAUGACGUGAAUAAAGGUCUGAAGUACGGCGAUGCGCUGAAGAAAAGUCGCAGCUCGCAAGAGGGCGGCGCAUUCGGCAUGGCGGGUGGUUUCAGCGGCGGCUCCCUUGCUAGCGGGAAUAAGGUGAAGAUGGAAGCCGGUGGGGAUGUGGAAAUGGGCGGCAUGGGAAAUGGAGACUCGGCUUCUUUAUUACGGGUGCAGACGUUGGGCGGUCGCAUUAAGAUUCCUGAGGAGGGAGAUCCAGUUUAUAUGUUGGCUGCUUUCCGGGGGAAUAAUCUUCAUCUGUCGCCUGUUUCAGCGGUUGUGCAGGUGCAUCCUCAUCUUCAUCACCUUGAUGCGUUAGAUGAGCUUCCCGCCAAGGGGAAGGGAAAGAAAAAGGAUGAUGAUGAGGGUGGUGGGAAUGAGGCUCGCGCGAUUGAUAUCAAGGUUAAAGCGGCUGAAGAUGACCAGGCGAGUCAGUUGGCUGGCAAUCUGGAUCUCUUGAAGAAAAUGCAGGAGGAGAAAUGGGGUAGCUAUGAUUGGGUCGAUGCCGAGGUGAGUAUUUGUUCCGUGAUGGGUUCGUUUCUUCCAAGAGGCUCUGCUGAUUCGAGGUACUCUAAGACUGAGGAGUCAUGGCAAGUAUAUGAAAGCUACAUGAUGCACCAAGAUUUAGAAAAUCUACCACAAUUGGAAUCGGCUAUCGAUAGUGAGGACUAUCUGGAUAAGAUGAGUGCGCCGCGCAUUGACCCGGCGAACCCAGAGAUGACUGGAUGGGCUAUGAAGCAGAACCGGAUGAAGCAGAAUGGAAGAGGGAGUUCUUCUAGGAGCAGUACUGAAGAGCAAUAA